AUGACUGAACUCCUUCAGCAAGCAACAGCUUUUGGAGGCACAGUAGGGAACCAAACCCUUGCGACGAACCAACAGCGCUCAACAGGCGCAAGACAAAAUAUAGAUAAUCCGUUUCUGACGUUCGAUGACACGAUUCCCGACCUCAAGACUCAACGUACUGAGCUAGAAGAGUAUGUUUGGAAAUUUGCUUCAUUAGCCGGACUCAAAGACCGCUAUGAGUUGCUUCGUUUUGGUGCUCGUCUCGCUCGAGACAAGUAUGGGGCUAUGAGAAAAUACGCGGAUGAGCUCACAGAUUCGGAAAAGGAGUUGUUGGAGAAGGAAAAGGAUGAUAGUACAGGCUUUUGGAAGCAGUCCAAAUUUCUCCGCGCGACAAUCAUGACCGCAAGUCUUGCGGGUAUGAUCCAAGGAUGGACGCAAAGCGCCAAUAACGGCACUGCUCAUGGCAUGCCAGAAGAGUUUAACCUCUGCUAUCGCACGGAUCGCAUGGGGGAGGAGUGUCCUUCAUCCGAUCUUUGGACGUUUGGCAUGCUGAACGCCAUUCCGCUGCUUUCCGCGGGCCUCUUUGGUACCCUUCUCGCAGAUCCACUACAGGAGAACUUCUUAGGGAGGCGAGGUAGUGUGAUGCUGUCUUGUGGCAUCACAAUAGCCUCGACAAUCGGUGCAUCACUUACGCACAAUGUUGGCUCACUCGCAGCUUGCCGAGCUAUCAACGGAAUAGCUCUGGGUGCAAAAGCGUCGAUAGAAUCGCCUCGAUACCUGAUGAAGCAUGGAAAAUACUCCAAAGCACUCCAAGCCUUCGAACAGGUCCAAACCACUCGGUUGCUAGCAAGCCGCGAUUUCAUGUACGCGCAUGCUCAGCUGGAUUUCGAAAGCCGACUAUUGAAAGGAGAGACGAACGAGCUUGGCACCCUGGCCGAUCGCGUAGAUAUCAGCGCGCCGAGCUUGUCUGGAGAGCCAUAUCCGCCAGCAUCGAAUCGUAUACGUUUCGACAGGCCUUCUCCGCAGAGCGCGGUAUCGCCAGGUCGAUCGACCCAAGAUCCCCACGUCGAGGCAAGCAAUUUGGGCACAACAACGGUACCGAGCAACGACCAAGACCAAAGCAGGCCACAGCCCGAGCAGAACGAGACUAGCAACAUCGAGCUUGCGACUUUGAACCGGACGUGGAGUGAUAUCUCAAGCCUAGGCUUCGACUUUGGAGUCAAGCGAACGAAGAAGAAUAAUCCGUAUUCUUACAACAUCGGUGUCAACGGCUACUACAAGCGUCUGAGGGAGUUAUGGUCCAACAAGCGGUGUCGACGAGCAUUGCUGUGCGCUUCCGUAUCCAUGAUCACCCAGACCCUGACGGGCGUCAACACGAUCGCCUUCUUAGGGACGAUAGUGUGGCCCAACUCCGGAACAAACAGUGAUCGUACAUCCGCGAUAAUAGGUCUGGCCUUUGGAGCAGCGAAUUACAUGUUCGGGCUUCCUGCUUAUUGGUCUUCGGAUCGAUUGGGACGUUCCGUCAUGCUUUUGCUCGGCCUGCCAAACAUGGCAUGGUCAAUCCUAGUCUUUGCCUUCCUCUUCAAAAUCACCGACACGUCCGUCCAGAUACCAUUGGUCAGCAUCUUCGCGGUCAUCUUCGUUGCCUUUUAUGCCCCAACAGCCGGUACGUCUCCGUUCUCGAUCGCAGCAGAGGUCUUUCCUCUCGUAUCGAGGGAGGCUGGCAUGGCUGUUUCCGUCGCUGUCAACCUUCUGGGUGCUGGCGUAUUGGUACUAGUCUUCCCAUUCCUGCAGGACAGCAUUCGGCCGACAGCUGCAUUCUCUAUCUUCGCAGGUUUGAAUAUGGUGGCGUUUAUGCUGGUGUAUUUGUUCGUUCCGGAGACGAGAAUGCGGACUCUCGAAGAGCUGCAGUAUACGUUCGAUUUACCAACGGGAUGGCAUGUCGCGUAUCGAGUGGGGUACAUACGACAGCAUGUCUGGGCGAAUUGGUGGAAAUACUUGACGCGCAAGGAGGUUCAGCCGCCGGUUCCGUUCUACGAAUGGGCGCGAGUGACGUAUAGAGAGACGGAAGGUGCCAGCUGA